AUGAGUAACACCGAACAAGAACAGCACUGUAAUGUGCUCCGACUCGACCUGAAGACUUGGGAGAGCAAAUUCAGCGCUAGGAAUGGAGGGCGCAAAGCGGGACGCGACGACAUCAAGGCCGACGCGGUGAUAUCACAAAAAUACAAAGAGUAUGAAAAGCUCCGGAGGGCAAUUGCCGCCAAAGACGCCCCGGGAACACCUUCUAGGAAAGCUGAGAGUCAACGCGUCACCCGCAACGUCGAUCGAACGCCCAAAAGGCCCAAGACAGUCGCGCUAACUACUCCGAAGAGGAAGCGCGAGGAUAGCGGCAUUGCUGAGGAGGACUUGACACUACAGAGCUAUUUGCUUUCACCUGAAGGACCCGCAUUUAUCGGUCCCACUCCGCAACGGGAUGGCAUCGCUAUAGGACUCUUCGAUCUUCUACCCGCAGAGACACCAAGCAGGAGGGGCGCACUAGCUGAUAUGGAACUGAACGUUGUGCAGACCCCGAGUAGGAAUGCAGGCAGAGCGGACAGUGAGACGUCACUAGAGUCAAGGGCGCGUGGAGAGAAGACACCACAAUCAACUGGCAAACGGUUCUUGCUUGACUCGUUCUUGUCGGUCACACCGAACAAGAGGAAGCUGGGAGAGGCGACGACACCGAGUUCGAGGGGUCUUGCUACACCUGCGUUUCUUCGAAGACACAACCCUCUCACGAAGAUUGACGAAGAUGACGAGCCUGCGUCACGACCUGCGCCCUGGGCGCGGAGAUCCUUUGGUAGGAGCUUGAGUGCAAGGAUCCAAGCGAUGCGGCAAGAGGAGGAAACCCGAUUAGACGAGGAAGCGGACAUCAUGCGCGAGCUUGAAAUGGAGGCCGAAGGCAUGCCAGCACCCAAGAGAAUCAAGGUGCCAGAAAUUCAAGUGAAGGACAGUCAGGCUGCGAUGCCUUUGGGCCCCGAUCGCGGUCUUGAGACUGAGGAUGAUGAAGACGGUGAAGAGAGUGAAUUGGGCCCAGAUGGAAGGCCCAAGAGAGUCUGGAAGAAGAAGGGCCUCAAGAGGCAGACGAGACGCGUCAUUAUGCGACCCAACUUCAUAAAAGCAAAACCUCAACCCGAAGUGCAACAUGACGAGUCAGACGACGAGGCCAAGGUUGCAGAAACGCAAAUCCAUAUCCAACUCGACUCGUCUGAUGACGAUGGAUCAGACUACGCAAGCGACGCGUCCCACAGCACGAAGAAGCGCAAGACGCAGCAACCCAAACCCAAGGUCGCGUCCACGUCACAGGCAAAAGAGGACAGUAAGAACAAGGAAGGACCGGUCAAGGCAGCUGCACGUAAGAUCAAGCCGUGGGCGCACGCAAACUACAAGAGGCUCAAGAUCAAGAGCAAAGGAGGAAAUGGCGGUAAAGGUCGCUUUGGUCGGAAGCGAUAG